GCGCUGUCCGGGCUGCGAAGGCGGCGAGCGCCGACAGACGGACGGACCGACGGACCCGCGGCCGGUCGGACAGACUGGGCAGCACAGGGAGCGGGGACGCGGCGGUUGAGCGACAUGGCCGGCCACACGCAGCAGCUGAGCGGACGCGGGAACCCUGGCCCUGCACCCUCGCCCUCCCCCGGCCCGGGCCCCGGCCCCGGCCCCUCGGAGCGGGUGGCGCUCAAGAAGGAGAUCGGGCUGGUGAGCGCCUGCACCAUCAUCAUCGGAAACAUCAUUGGCUCCGGCAUCUUCAUCUCCCCCAAGGGGGUCCUGGAGCACUCAGGCUCUGUGGGUCUGGCCCUCUUCGUCUGGGUCCUAGGUGGAGGCGUCACUGCCCUGGGCUCCCUCUGCUACGCGGAGCUGGGAGUCGCCAUCCCCAAGUCUGGUGGGGACUAUGCCUAUGUCACUGAGAUCUUCGGGGGCCUGGCUGGCUUCCUGCUGCUCUGGAGCGCAGUCCUCAUCAUGUACCCAACCAGCCUGGCUGUCAUCUCCAUGACCUUCUCCAACUACGUGCUGCAGCCCGUGUUCCCCAACUGCAUCCCCCCAGCCGCCGCCUCCCGCGCACUCUCCAUGGCCUGCCUGAUGCUCUUGACCUGGGUGAACAGCUCCAGCGUGCGCUGGGCCACACGCAUCCAGGACAUCUUCACCGGCGGGAAGCUGUUGGCCCUGUCCCUCAUCAUUGGCGUGGGCUUUGUCCAGAUCUUCCAAGGACAUUUCGAGGAGCUGAGGCCCAGCAAUGCCUUUGACUUCUGGAUGACGCCCUCUGUGGGUCACCUGGCCCUGGCCUUCCUCCAGGGCUCCUUUGCGUUCAGCGGCUGGAACUUCCUCAACUACGUCACUGAGGAGCUGGUCGACCCUCGAAAGAACCUACCCCGUGCCAUUGUCAUCUCCAUCCCGCUGGUGACCUUUGUGUACACCUUCACCAACAUUGCCUACUUCACUGCCAUGUCCCCCCAGGAGCUGCUGGUCUCUAACGCGGUGGCCGUGACCUUCGGGGAGAAGCUGCUGGGCUACUUUUCUUGGGUCAUGCCCGUCUCCGUGGCACUUUCCACUUUUGGAGGGAUCAAUGGCUACCUGUUCACCUCCUCCAGACUGUGCUUCUCGGGGGCCCGAGAGGGGCACCUGCCCAGCCUGCUGGCCAUGAUCCAUGUCCGACACUGCACCCCCAUCCCUGCCCUCCUCGUCUGUUGCGGGGCCACAGCGGUCAUCAUGCUUGUGGGAGACACGUACACGCUCAUCAACUACGUGUCCUUCAUCAACUACCUCUGCUACGGCGUCACCAUCCUGGGCCUUCUCGUGCUGCGCUGGAGGCGGCCGGCGUUGCACAGGCCCAUCAAGGUGAACCUCCUGGUCCCCGUGGCGUACUUGGUUUUCUGGGCAUUCCUGCUGGUCUUCAGCUUCAUCUCGGAGCCCAUGGUGUGUGGGGUCGGCGUGAUCAUCAUCCUCACAGGAGUGCCUGUUUUCUUCCUGGGGGUGUUCUGGAAAAGCAAACCAAAGUGUGUGCACAGACUCACAGAGUCCAUGACACGCUGGGGCCAGGAGCUGUGUUUCGUGGUCUACCCCCAGGGUGCCCCCGAGGAGGAGGAAAAUGGCCCCUGCCAGUCGCCCCCACUGCCCGCCACGGACAAGCCUUUGAAGACACAGUGAGACAUUCGCGGAGCCCGAAGCAGCUGUUUCUGUUU